UUGCUGGUGAGUCUGAACGGUGUAACAGAUAUAAAUAGUACCUGCACACCUCCGUUAUUUUCAAACACUACUUGGACGUUCGUUGUGAAGCUUCUGAGAAAACAUGGCUCGUACCAAGCAGACUGCGCGCAAAUCAACUGGAGGGAAAGCUCCAAGAAAACAGCUGGCUACAAAGGCGGCGAGGAAAAGCGCGCCCUCUACUGGCGGCGUCAAGAAGCCUCAUAGAUACAGGCCUGGAACUGUUGCUCUGAGAGAAAUUCGUCGUUACCAAAAGUCAACGGAGCUGCUGAUCCGCAAAUUACCAUUUCAGCGUCUGGUUAGAGAAAUUGCACAAGAUUUCAAGACCGACCUCAGGUUUCAGAGUGCAGCCAUUGGUGCUCUCCAGGAAGCAAGCGAAGCUUACCUUGUUGGACUGUUUGAAGACACAAAUCUGUGUGCCAUUCAUGCCAAGAGAGUCACAAUCAUGCCGAAGGACAUCCAGCUCGCAAGGCGAAUUCGUGGGGAGCGAGCAUAAUUUUUAACCUUUCUUUAUUUUAAACUUUUACACUCGCCAAGUGAUGGAUUUGAAAACUGGUAUAAUUUUAUAAUACAUUCCCUACAGACUCAGGUUAAAGUGAAAUGUGUAUUUAGUUAGCAGUGCUCACUGUAGAUUUAGUGUUAGUUUGCAUGCUGAGAGAAAUCUAUUUAUCUUUUUACACCAUUCAGUGGGUUGUUAAUAAAAUUUAACUACCUCA